CGUUGCAAGAUGACCACCGGCUGACCAAGGAGAAGGGAGAAAUUCAGCAUGCGUUACACCCGAAUGUUUCACGAACAACGGGAACGUGCAUAGCUGGGCCUGAAGAUGGCAGGCGGAACGUCAUGUUUAUGCUUGUAACCGCGCGACUUCCGCACUCCGACUCCUUUAUCACCGCCACCCGCCUCCACGCCCGACCCAGCCGACUCCAGCUCAUCGCGACACCGAUUCCCCUCUCCCCCACCCACGCCAAUCUACAACUAUAUUAACGAUAUCAUUUUGCUGCUUUACAACCGCCAUUGGGCCACUACUUCGUAAUGAAAUACAUCGAACGCCCCGAACUCGCGCGCCUCGCACAGGCGCUCACCCACGAGGGUCCGGAAUGCUCUGUACACACUCGCAUAGAGGCCUACAGCUGCAAGAAUAUCAAGCGCGAUAAGAAGCUGUUCCGCACACUGGAGAACGCAUACAAUGACGAGGUGUCCAACUCUCCACCCGUGCCAUCAUACAUCGCGCUCGAGCGAGAGGCCGAGAUGACACCAUUCGGACCGAUGCAGGAGCACAACGCCCGCAAGACCCUCUAUCUCCUUAUCGCGACACUCAAUAUCGCAUUCCCAGACCACGAGUUCUCAGACGUACGCCCGUCGCAGUUCAGCCGCGAGGAGAGCGGCGCCGGCGUGCUUACGGCGCUCAGUACCACCCUCGUGUCACCACAUCGCGCAGGGCUGCAAGCUCCCCGCACCUAUUCUGCAUACCCACCUGCUUCGUCUGAAUUCUUCCCUUCAUCUGUACCUUCCUCUUCUUCACCCAUGAACUACAUCCGACCCAGCCCCUUCACCCCUUCUAAGGUCGUCUCCGGCACCCAUCCCACACUCUAUCGGGUACUCGACGACGCAAUUGGCUUGUCCGAUUGCGAGGUCUACUCGUAUAAUCCGGACAUCGAGUUCGAUCCUCACGCCAACGACUACUCGGAUGACGAGGACGACGUUGCAUCCGUCGGAGACGAGGACUCUUCCACGGACGAGGACGAGCUGACAUUCGAGUUUGACGACUAUGAUGUGGACGAGCUGCCGCGCCGCCCGACGUGGAAGAACUCAGCAGGCUCGGGCCAGACUGUCUUAAGUGACGAGUAUGAAGAGAGUCCGAUCCGAACGUCUUCUCCGAACUAUAUUCGCAUGAAGCGGAGAGGCGCAUUGCUGUGGAGUUCGCAUUGGUUCUUCUUGAACAGGAAGCUGAAGCGGAUAUUGUUCAUCACUGUUUGGGCGAGGUCGAAGGGUGUCCAUUCGUACAUGGAUGAGGAUAUGCUGGCACCGAGGGAGAAGAUCCGCGGCGAGAGGUUCCUUGGAUGGGAGGGCGCUGUGGGUACUGGAGCGAGAGCGUUGGGCAUUGCUGCGUCGGUUUAAGAAUACGCAGACAUGUCAUCGGCACAUACCUUUAACCUGCUUGCUACUUUAUGAUUUAUGGACUCGGACCACUAACGCCUAUAUAUGCGGCUCCUCUUCUCCUCGUAUCGUAUUGUACCAGUUACCCAUUGCCAGGUCCUGGCAGAUUUACGAUGUGUACGAUAGCUUGCGAAUCUCAUCAUGUACCAUCGGCCUCCCAUUUUUUUUGUAUAUAGCACCGUAUUGCUCGAUAUAAUGGCAGGAUGGGCCUCUUUGCAGACUGACUGGACA